AUGAAAAGAGAAGAUUAAAUAUUUCUCUCAUCAUUAUAAAUUUGGAAUGCUAUGGAUACUCCUAUUCAUUAGAGUGCAAAUCUUUUUAGUGAAAAAUUUAAAUAAAGUUCAGAAUUUCAUUACUAAUACAAAAAACCAUUUUGUUUACAGCAUCCUGAAAAAAAAGUAAGUAAAUUUAGUAACCUUAGGCUAAAUAUACUUUAGUUAAUUCUGAAGGAUCAAAUGAAAAGCUUUGCACAAAAUGUGCUAUAGAGUUUGCUUAAUAAGGGCAUAAAAUUUAAGUAAUUGAAGAAGGUACUUUGAAUGUGAUUAAUAUCUACUAGAUAAUGCUAAGAAGAAAUAAACUGAUACUUUUAUCGAUUAGCUGCUUCAAACUAAAAGAGAAAUAGGGAAUAUGCAUUCACAUUUCCUAUGCACUUAGGCAAAUCUCAAAAAGUUUUAUAAUGACUAAUAUACAAAAGUUGUUCGAACAUUUGGAAUCAUUGAAAAAUAACUUCAAAAGGUAAUUCUUAUUCACAUAUUUUAAAGUGCAAAUCAGACUUAUUAAUCUCCUUAUCUUAAUCACUUUGGUCUGGAAUAUAAAUCACAAAUUAAUUAAAAUUAAAGGCUAAAUAAGUAGAACAUCAAUUGGAAACAUAUAUUAACGAUAUUACAAAUCAUUAUGAUCAAAUAAUAUAGAUGAGCACUCUCCCAUUUAAUUAAAUUAUGGGCGGCUACAGUAGUAAACUAUUUAAACUUUAAUAAUGUCUUAAAGAGAUUUAAGAGAAUAAUAUUCCUUAUCUUCAUUAUGAGGGUAGAUUAAAUGUUUUAGAUUCUUUUGUAAAAGAUAUUAGCUUCUUGAAUGAAAAGGAUUAGCCAACAGAUGCAAAAAAUCCUGAUAGCACUAGGUCAAGCUCAGAAUAAAAAACCUGCAAAAGUGUAGAAAAAGAAAAAAGACCUUAUAGUUAACCUAAUAGUAAAGAUUCUCAUUAUAUUGAUAACUCUGAAAACAAAACUAAAAAAAACUUUAAAAUAACUGAACAAUCUAUCGAAGACUGGAUGAAAAACUCUAAUUCCAAGUAAAGAAAAACUGAACCUGCUGAAAAACUAGCAAGUCCUAAUCUUUUAACCAUUAAAUUAGAUAGCAAGUAAAUGCCUCCAAACAGAGUAUCUAUGAAACAAGAAACAAAUUAAGCAAUUCUUAAUAAAUUAAUAAAUGAAUUCACUUAAAUCAAAAAAGAUAGAGUCAAAACUAUGGAAUCAAAAACUCCUGAAUUAAGUAAAUCUAAUUAAUAGACAAUUCCUAAUAAUUUCUCGCCUAAGUUUCUUUAUAAAAAUUAUUAUAAAUGA